UAUAAGAGCGUUGCUCAACACUAAUCGAGUUGGCCCACGUGCAGCAUAAGUUGUUUAUGAAAAAUGAAACAAUUAAUGGAGUCUGAUGAUAAAAAAAGAAUAAAACACUUGACACUGGAAAACGGCGUGGUAAAGGAUGAGAAAAAGGCAGUGCGUCAAUUUUACAGGCAAUGCAAAAGUGAAUUUCUCGAAGAGAAUGAUUAUGCAGCAAUUGAACCGAUUGAACUAUCCAAUACAUCUAAUGAGGCAAUACAAAACUUUGAUCCAGCGGUACAUGAUGCCUGGAUCGUGCAAUGUCCAAAGGGAAUCGAUAUAAAUACUUUGACCGGCAAGCGGAUUAAGGUGCCCGGUCGACGCUAUGUGGGUGAUAUUCAGGUGAGGACCACCCACUACGAACGUCCAUUGAACAAUUCCAUUGGCUAUAUGAAUAACAAGGGCAAGUAUGCUGUACGUCUGUUGCCAUUAGCCGGUCAUGUAGUUGUCAGUAAGCGUCUAAAUAUGGAAAAACCUGAUGCCGCUGCCAAUGAAGAAACGAAUGCAUUUCCAAAGCCGAGUGUACCACAAAAAUUUAGAUUACCGGUUCGUCAUCCGUUCUUUGGUCGUGAUUACAAGACGCGCAUUGAUGUUGAUAAGAAGACAGCGAAAAAGCUACGCAGUGCGGAUAAAAACUGUGCUGAAGUGACGGAGAAACUACGUUCCACUGGUAAUUUCUAUAAGAUACGUCAGAGGCUUUUGGCUAGCACACAGACACUGCAGCAGAAGGAGCACGAUGUACGUCAAUCAGUGCUGACAGGCGUGGCGCCUACAUUCUUGCAGAACAGCGAGCACCCCGACUAUGUGAAUUUGAUGAACUCCAUCGAUGAAGACCAGGUUAAGCAAGACAAGGACCAGGAGCCCGUCAAAAAGAAGAAAUCCAGCAAACGCAAAGCGGAAGCUAAGUUGAAAAACGAGGAUGCGGAUGAUCCCAUUAAAGAUAGCUCGCAAAAUGAUGAAAGUAGAAGUCAGAAAAGUGCCAAAAGGAAGAAAGUGUAAAAAAGCUAGACUAACCUAAAUAAUAGACACUCGUUUUAGAUAUACAAUAUGUAUAUAAAUAUUCUACAUUUUAAAGCUUUUGUAUUUAUGAUUUCGUUUUCGUUGUGAACAGCUUAAUUG